AUGUCCCCCGGCAGCCUCGUCCUCCUCCUCAGCAUCCUGGGGGGAUCCCCGGGGCUGGGUCACCCGGGACCCCUGGAAGAUGUGGUGAUAGAUAGAUACUAUAUCCCAAAAAUCUGCCUGCGGGAAGUCCAGAUGGGCGAUUUCAUUCGCUACCACUACAAUGGGACCUUUAAAGAUGGCAAAAAGUUUGAUUCCAGCUACGACCGAGGGGCCACGGUGGCCGGUGUGGUGGGCGUCGGGAGGCUGAUCACGGGCAUGGACCGGGGGCUGCAGGGCAUGUGCGUGAACGAGCGGCGUCACCUCAUCGUGCCCCCGCACCUGGGCUACGGCAGCAUCGGCGUGGCGGGGCUGAUCCCCCCCGAUGCCACCCUGUACUUUGACGUUGUCAUGCUGGAUAUCUGGAACAAGAAGGACAAGCUGCAGAUCACCAGCCUGUCCAAACCCGAGCGCUGCAACCGCACGGUGGAGAACUCGGACUUUGUGCGGUACCAUUACAACGGGACGCUGCUGGAUGGCACUCCCUUCGACUCCAGCUACAGCAAGGACAGCACCUACGACACCUACGUGGGCACUGGCUGGCUGAUCAAGGGCAUGGACCAGGGGCUGCUGGGCAUGUGUGCUGGAGAGAAGAGGAGCAUCAUCAUCCCCCCAUUCCUGGCUUAUGGGGAGAAGGGCUACGGCACUGUCAUCCCACCACAGGCCUCGCUGGUGUUCAGCGUGCUGCUGGUGGACUUCCACAACCCCAAGGAUGGCAUCUCCCUGGAGCACCUGGAGGUGCCGGAGCCCUGCAAGCGCAGGGCUGUGACCGGGGACUUUGUCCGCUACCACUACAAUGGCACACUCAUGGACGGGACCCUCUUCGACUCCAGCUACUCCCGCAAUCACACCUACAACACCUACAUCGGGAAGGGCUACAUCAUCCCUGGCAUGGACCAGGGCCUGCAAGGGGUCUGCAUGGGAGAGAGGCGGCGGGUGCUCAUCCCCCCACACUUGGCCUACGGGGAGAAUGGAGCAGGGGAUAAAAUUCCUGGCUCAGCCGUGCUCAUCUUUGACGUUCACGUCAUCGACUUCCACAACCCUGCUGACCCAGUGGAGAUCGAGACCGUGUACCGGCCCCAGGGCUGCAACCUCACCACCCGACACAGAGACUUCGUCCGCUACCACUACAACUGCUCCUUGCUGGAUGGCACCAAGCUCUUCUCCUCCCACGAUUAUGAGAAGCCUCAGGAGGUGACUCUGGGGACCAACAAGGUGAUCGAGGGCCUGAACAGUGGCCUCCUCGACAUGUGCGUAGGGGAGAGGCGAGUGCUCAUCAUCCCCCCUCACCUGGGCCACGGGGAGAGCGGAGCCCGGGGAGUGCCAGGCAGUGCUGUGCUGCGCUUCGAGGUGGAGCUGAUCUCCAUGGAGGAGGGGGUUCCCGAGGGCUACCUCUUCAUCUGGCACGGGGAGCCCCCAGAGAGCCUCUAUGAGCAAAUGGACCUGAACAAGGAUGGGGAGAUCCCUGCUGACGAGUUCUCCACCUUCAUCAAGACCCAGGUGGCUGAAGGAAAAGGCCGCCUGAUGCCCAGCUCCGACCCGGAGAAAGUCAUCGCUGACAUGUUCAAGAACCAGGACCGCAACCAGGACGGGAAGAUCACCUCCGAGGAGCUGAAGCUCAAGUCAGAUGAGGACCAGGAGAAGAUCCACGAGGAGCUCUGAGGAGCAGACCCCACUCUCUCCUGAAGACAGGACUUGUCCUGGCCGUGCCAUGGCUGGUCUACCCUGGGGAUCUACCCUUGCCUCUCCCCAGCCUCACACAGGGGCAGAUUUUCCCCCACUCCCCCCACCCCACACCCCAAACUAUUUAACUGAGGGGAUUUUAAGUGUUUCUCCUGGGCAGGAAACCUCACCAACCUCCAGCUAGUAAACCCAUGCAAGAAGGUGGGAAACACCCACGUUCCUGUGAGUCUCCACACCCCGUGGGGACGGCAGCACCCCCGUUUCCCCACAUUGCCCGGCCCUGGCUCUGCUGUGGAGCAGGACUGAGGAUGCCAGGGCCAGACUCUGGAGCCCUGCCCUGCUCUGAUGCCAGACUCCACUCUGACCCCCCUGUUCUCAGCUCCCCACAGAAGGGGUGAGGCAGUGGCAUCCUCUCCCCAAACCCCUUUGUCCUCCAGCCUCCUCGCCUGCCCGUGCUGCCUCUUGGGGCAGGCAGGCAGGAGAGGAGGGGGUCUUCCCUUCCACUUCUACCACAGCAGCCUGUAGUUUAGGGUUGGGUUGGGCUUUUAUACACACAUACAAACUUCUUUAAAGGGGAAAUAAAGCAAAGCCUUUCAUACAGGUCCCUGCUGCUGGCCCAGCCUCUGCUCCCUGCUGCCAUCCUCCCUGGGACAAGAGGCUGGAGGGGGCUCGGGUUCCCAGGGCAAAACCCCUGAGGUCCCAUGUGCAUCUGCUGUUCCAGAAAGCCUGGGCCCUCUGAGGCAGCAGGGCUGAGACCUGGCAAACUCCUCACCAGCUGGGAGAAGGAAAACAGAAAAACCUCUCCCAUACUGGCCCUCAGGGAGCAGCAGCAGCAUCCUCCCCCCUCAACCCCUCCACCCUGCACUGACAGCCCUCAGUGACUGAGAAAAAAAAAUCAGCCCAGUUUUCUUCUGAUGCCUUAAUGCAGCUAAUUAACUCUCAGGUCACUCUCAGGUCUGCCAGCUGUGACCAGCACAGCUCCAUCGCCUCCCACUGUCUCGAAAAGCUUUGGCACAGUGUGACUUGUAGAGAUAAAAAAAGCAAUGCAAGAAAACAGUGCAAAGGGUGUGAGAGAACCCCCUCCAACAAUGACUUCUACCUUGCACCUAAUAAAUAAUGCCUACUGGU